UGCGAAGCGCCUGCGCGGCCGCCUGCCCGCGUCCUCCUUCCCGCGGCCCUCUGAGACCGCGCUCCACCGCAGGGAGCGGCGAGGUACAGGAUGUCUGAAGGUGACAGCGUGGGAGAUUCUGUCCAUGGGAAACCUUCUGUGGUGUGCAGAUUCUUCACAAGACUCGGGCAGAUCUAUCAGUCCUGGCUAGACAAGUCCACGCCUUACACGGCCGUGCGAUGGGUGGUGACGCUGGGCCUGAGCUUCGUGUACACGAUUCGAGUCUACCUGCUGCAGGGCUGGUACAUCGUGACCUACGCCUUGGGGAUCUACCACCUCAACCUUUUCAUAGCUUUUCUUUCUCCGAAAGUGGAUCCUUCCUUGAUGGAAGACUCAGAUGACGGCCCCGCGUUACCAACCAAACAGAAUGAGGAGUUCCGGCCCUUUAUUCGAAGGCUUCCGGGGUUUAAGUUUUGGCACGAGGCGACCAAGGGCAUCCUCGUGGCCAUGGCCUGUACCUUCUUUGAGGCUUUCAAUGUCCCGGUGUUCUGGCCCAUCCUGGUGAUGUACUUCAUCAUGCUUUUCUGUAUCACCAUGAAGAGGCAAAUUAAGCACAUGAUAAAGUACCGGUACAUCCCGUUCACGCAGGGCAAGAGGACGUACAAGGGGAAGAAAGACGCGGGCGAGACGUUUGCCAGCUAGGCGCUCAGCUGGACCCAUCAGAGGCUGAGGACGGUUCUGUGCCAUUGUAACAAUGCCUUCUCCCUUCACAUAAAGUAGUUGAUUUCGGGGGAGUCGAAUUUUCUUUUUAAAAAGGAGCUUCCAUUAUUUGUAACUGAAACAUCAGGUUCUUGAAGAAACUGACAUUUAAACCAAAUUGCAUUGAUUUAUUUUUCAGUGACGUUCAAGUGUUCAAAUGGAUGGAAUUCUAAUAAACUGCAGGCUGGGAGGACUGUCGGAUGGGGUGAGGGGUAGGGUGGGUGGUCUCGGUUGUCCUGUGGUCCUGGAACGGACCUGCACGGAAGGAGCCAGGUUUCGCCCCAGCUGCCCCCCCCCCCGCACCCCUGGAUGCCAUGGCCCCGUCGCCCAGCUGGAUGAUGAUGCUAACCUGAUUCCUGCGCUUUGGAAGAACAUUCGAAAGGUGAUUUUCAAGUAACUCUGGGGUUCUAAUGCCACUUUCCCAAUUUCAUCUCACGAGAGAUGUUUCAAGUUGGUCUCUAUCAUAAUGACUCAAAACUCUGUUCUUAACUACCAUGAUUGCUUUUGAGGGCCUGGAAUUAUAAAUAUAUAUAUUAUA